UUCCAGAGAGAGAGCAAGAGAAGCCUGGCGUGUUGUCCUCACUGAAGCAUAGCGAACCUGACUCACCGGCUGAGGCUGACACUUAAAACUCCAACACUCGCUCUCUAUUACCUAUUACACACACACUGAGUGUCUGAAAAACACUGCCCCUCUCAAACAUAGACAUCACACAUACAGACAGACAGACAGACAGUAAAGCCCACACACACACACACACUUCCAAACUCAUUCUGUAGGCUACUCACAGACUGGGCAAGGCAGCUUUCUCUGCCUAGAGCGGCGUUUGCCUGGGAAGCUGUGGAGACUUUUACUGUGGUGAGGUGAGGAGUGGAGAGGAGGGGAGUCGUGAAGCAAACAGCACGCCUGGGAGGAAGAGAAGGAUGGAUGCCCUCUGCAGUCUCAGCGGGCUGGACCCUCUCUGGGACUGGAACUUGACGUGGUACACCCCGCACCCUGACCUGACCCAAUGUUUCCAGCACACGGUGCUGGUGUGGUUUCCCUGCUUUUAUCUGUGGCUCUCGGUGCCCUUCUACUUUUUGUUCCUAAAAUUCCAAGACCAUGGGCGCAUAUCCCUGUCCAGCCUCUGCUGCACCAAAACGGUUCUGGGGCUGUGUCUGGCGUCCUUUGGCUUCCUGGAAGUGUUCUACCUGCUGGCCCAGAGAAGCUCAGAGCUGGAGCAUCACAUGGUGUUCCUCCUCAGUCCCAUUAUACGUGGCCUCACCAUGGUGUUGGCGGUAGCUGUCAUACAGGUGGAGCGUUUGAAAGGCUGCCGUUCAUCCGUCUUCCUCUUCCUGUUCUGGACCAUGGCGGUGGUCUGCUCCAUCAUCCCUCUCAGGGCAAACAUCCAGACCAUCAUGGAGGAGGGCUUCUCCACCAAUGCCAUGCGCUUCGUGGCCUUCUUCGUCUACUUUUCCCUGCAGCUGGCUCAGAUGAUCCUGAGCUGUUUUGCUGACCAGCGCCCACGGACCAGGAAGCCCAUUUUUGGCAAGAACCCAUGCCCAGAAGAGGACGCCUCGUUCUUGUCAAGAAUACUGUUCUGGUGGUACAGUGGGUUAAUGGUAAAGGGCUAUCGCUCACCACUGAAAGCCGAGGACCUGUGGCCACUCCGGGAGAAGGACACGUCAGACAAGAUCAUCGCUGACCUGGAGGACGAGUGGGCCAAGCAAUGUGCCAAGCUCCAACAGCAGGAAAAGUCUCUGAAUGCCGCUCAGGCCGUGGGCUACAAACUCACCGAGCAGACGCAGCUCCUGAGAAAACUCCGGAAGGAACAGAGCUCUGGGUUCUGCCUGCUGCGCAUGCUGGCACGGAACGUCGGGCCGUGCUUUCUGGCCGGAACUCUCUGCCUAGUCAUCCACGACGCCUUCAUGUUCUCCAUCCCACAGGUGCUGAGCCUGCUCCUGGGGUUUGUGAGGGAUGAAGACGCCCCCUUGUGGAAGGGCUACCUCUUCGCCUUCCUGAUGUUCCUGCUCUCCUGUAUGCAGUCCCUCUUCAACCAUCAGUACAUGUACACCUGCUUCACCGUGGGUAUGAGGGUCAAGACCGCCGUCAUGGGCCUCAUCUACAGAAAGUGCCUGGUGAUCAACAGUGCCGCUCGCAGGUCGUGUACAGUGGGGGAGAUUGUAAACUUGGUGUCAGCUGACACACAGAAGCUCAUGGACUUUGUGGUGUACUUCAAUGCAGUUUGGGUGGCUCCCAUUGAGAUUGCUUUAUGCCUCUUCUUUCUAUGGCAGCGCCUAGGGCCAUCAGCUUUGGCUGGCAUCGCCACGGUAAUCCUGAUCUUCCCCCUCAAUGGCUUCAUCGCCAAGAUGCGGAGCAAAUUACAGGAGGUCCAGAUGAAGUACAUGGAUGGCCGGAUCAAGCUGAUGAAUGAGAUUCUGGGCGGGAUAAAGAUCCUCAAGUUCUACGCCUGGGAGAAGGCCUUUCUGGAGCGUGUGAUUGGCUACAGAGAGCACGAGCUCAAGGCUCUGAAGAAAUCUCAGAUCCUGUACUCCAUUUCGUUCGCCUCCUUCAACGCCUCCUCCUUCCUGAUUGCCUUUGCCAUGUUUGGAGUCUAUGUGCUAAUUGAUGAGCGGAAUGUUCUGGAUGCACAGAAGGUCUUCGUUUCCAUGGCGCUGAUUAACAUUCUGAAGACCCCCUUGAGCCAGCUGCCUUUUGCUAUGAGCACCACCAUGCAGGCGGUUGUGUCACUGAAACGGUUGGGGAAAUUUCUCUGUCAAGACGAGCUGAAACCGGGCAGUGUAGAGAAAGCUCCCUUCAGCCCUGAUGGCGACGGGGUGACCAUAGAGAACGGCACUUUCAGCUGGUCCAAAGAGGGCCCUCCAUGUCUGAGGAGGAUAAAUGUGCGGGUGCCGUGUGGAUCGCUGGUGGCAGUCGUAGGCCAUGUCGGGAGCGGGAAGUCAUCCUUGCUGUCAGCCAUGCUGGGAGAGACAGAGCGGAGGAAAGGCCAAGUCACUGUGAAGGGCUCAGUGGCCUACGUGCCCCAGCAGGCCUGGAUCCAGAACGCCACCCUGCGGGACAACAUCGUCUUCGGGCAGGAGAAGAAGGACAUGUGGUACCAGCGGGUGGUGGAGGCCUGUGCCCUCCUGCCCGACCUGGAGAUCCUGCCUGGAGGAGAUGCCACUGAGAUCGGAGAGAAGGGUUUGAACCUGUCGGGAGGGCAGAAGCAGCGGGUCAGCCUGGCUCGCGCCAUCUACAGGAAGGCUGACAUCUACCUGCUCGAUGACCCUCUGUCUGCAGUCGACGCUCAUGUGGGUCAGCACAUCUUUGACCGAGUCAUUGGUCCCAGAGGAGUACUGAAGAACAAGACUCGUGUUUUGGUGACCCAUGGGCUGAGCUUCCUGCCCCAGGUCGACCUCAUCCUCGUGAUGGUGGAUGGCGAGAUCACGGAGGCCGGCUCCUUCCCUGAGCUGAUCGCGAGGAAGGGCGCAUUUGCCGAGUUCAUCAAAGCCUUCGCCAUCAGUGACCGCAGAGAGAGCAGCACUCAUAAAGGCACCAGGAAGUCAGUGUCACGUCUGAGCAUGACUGAUUUCUCAAUAGACCUGUCUCAAGAGCAGCUCAUCAGCGGAGACAUGGGCAGUGCCAGUCUCCAAAACAUGGAGGCCAUCCCUGACAGUGAGCAGGAGCAGGAGCAGGAGGAGCUGGGCAAACUGACCGAGGCUGACAAGGCCCACACUGGAAGGGUGAAGCUGGAGAUGUACGUGGAGUACUUCAAGACCGUGGGUCUCCGUCUCACCCUCCCCAUCCUCCUCCUCUACGCCUUCCAGCAAGCGGCCUCGCUGGGCUACAACUACUGGCUCAGUGUGUGGGCCGAUGAUCCCAUCAUCAACGGCACACAGCAUGACACCGACCUGAAGCUCGGCGUGUUCGGGGCACUGGGAUUCGCACACGGAACGGCCAUUUUUGGGACCACGGUGGCCAUCUCUCUGGGAGGAAUCAUUGCAGCCCGCCACCUGCACUUGGACCUGUUGAACAACGUACUCCGCUCUCCCAUGUCCUUCUUCGAGUGCACGCCCAGCGGCAACCUCCUGAACCGCUUCUCCAAGGAGAUCGAUGCCAUCGACUGCAUGAUUCCCGACGGCCUGCGCAUGAUGCUGGGCUACGUCUUCAAGCUGCUGGAGGUCUGCAUCAUCGUGCUGAUGGCUACUCCGUUCGCUGGCGUGAUCUUGCUACCACUCGCGCUCUUCUACGUUUUCAUACAAAGCUUCUACGUGGCCACGUCCUGCCAGCUCCGUCGGCUGGAGUCAGUGAGUCGCUCGCCCAUCUACACCCACUUCAACGAGACGGUGCAGGGAGCCAGCGUGAUCCGGGCCUUUGGCGAGCAGCCCCGGUUCAUCCUGCAGGCCAACAGCCGAGUGGACCACAAUCAGACCUCUUACUUCCCUAGAUUCGUGGCCACCAGGUGGCUGGCGGUGAACCUGGAGUUCCUUGGCAACCUGCUGGUCCUUGCGGCUGCCAUUCUCUCUGUUUGGGGAAGAGCGACCCUGAGUCCCGGAAUCGUGGGUUUGGCCGUGUCCCAUUCCCUCCAGGUCACUGGAAUCCUGAGUUGGAUUGUGCGCUCUUGGACAGAUGUGGAAAAUAAUAUCGUUUCAGUCGAGAGAGUGAAAGAAUAUGCAGAGACACCAAAAGAGGCUCCUUGGAAGCUGGAGAGCAGUCCUAUGCCUUCUAACUGGCCAAGAACGGGCACCAUUGAAUUUCGGGAAUAUGGCCUGCAGUACCGCAAGGGUCUGGACUGGGCUCUCAAGGAGAUCACUAUCCUCAUCAAAGAGAGAGAGAAGGUUGGAAUAGUUGGAAGAACUGGAGCAGGAAAAUCUUCCCUUACCCAGGGCAUCUUCCGCAUUCUAGAGGCAGCCAAGGGGGAGAUCCACAUUGAUGGUAUUAACAUUGCAGAGAUAGGUCUUCACGAGCUGCGGUCUCGUAUCACCAUCAUUCCACAGGACCCAGUGCUGUUCUCAGGCACUCUCCGUAUGAACCUUGACCCGUUUGAUGGCUACUCUGACGAGGAGGUGUGGAGAGCUCUAGAGCUCGCCCACCUGAAGAAUUUUGUCUCUGGUCUGCCGGACAAACUCUACCACGAAUGCUCCGAAGGUGGCGAAAACCUCAGUUUGGGCCAGCGACAGCUGGUCUGCCUGGCUCGCGCUCUCCUCCGCAAGACCAAGAUCCUGGUCCUGGACGAGGCCACAGCAGCCGUGGACGUGGAGACGGACAACCUGAUCCAGUCCACCAUCCGCACCCAGUUUGAGGACUGCACUGUCCUGACCAUUGCCCACAGGCUCAACACCAUCAUGGACUACACCAGGGUGAUUGUCAUGGAAAGAGGCUAUGUGGUCGAGAUGGACUCCCCGUCGAACCUCAUCAGUCAGCGUGGGCAGUUCUACAGGAUGUGCCGCGAGGCUGGGCUGGUGUGAGGCUCUCCCGGUGGGGAGAAUCUACAGCAGGGGCGUGUUCCUUCCUGCCUCCAGAUGGCCGCUGUGACCAGUGCACGCCAUUCCAAACACAAGCAUACUGAUGACUUCACAAACAAGCAAACAAACACAAGCUAAAACAUCACUAUGUACUUUCCAAUAGCAGCAGGACAAGCAAAAGAGGUCAGAACUCUGGCAACCUUUGACCUUGACUGGUGUUGAGGUCACAGGUGUGACCCCCUUUGAAGCUUUUCUGAGGUGAGCUAUCCCCAUCUUGCUCCCCAUCUCCAUGAGAGCAGGUAUCCCCAUCUCCAUGAGAGCAGAUACCCAAAAGGGGGCUCAUUGAAAUGAAUGUGGCAGAUAAUCAGGAGCACACCAGUGACGCUGAGGAGAGUAGGCCAACGCCCACUGGCGGGGUCUGACGCACAUCAAGUGACGGCAUAGUUUAGAAUUCCAUUACUUUCAGCGGAGUAAACCACACUGGCGGCAUCAGACGCGCGUCGAAGCCAAAGUUUAGAAAAAUGGUCUUGAGCAUCUCUUGUGCGUCAAAUCCAGACGUGAAUGUCGCCACCAGUGGCCGUUGGCCUUCAUCAGGGACGUAAUUUGAAGUCAUUUCAUAAUGUGAAAAAUUAAACAGGACUGAUUCUGUUGUA